CCCGAAGAGGCGCCGUCUUCCUGGGUCCCCAGCGCUGAGUCCCGGAGGACUCUGUCCCUUCGUACAUGGAGAGCACACGGGAGGGAAUGGCUGCUGUGGCUCCGACGGCCAGAUGCCAGGAAUCAGUGACAUUCAUGGAUGUGGCCGUGAUUUUCACAGAUGAAGAGUGGAGGCAUCUGAUCCCUAUUCAGAGGGACCUCUACAAGGAGGUGAUGCUGGAGAACUAUGAGAGUAUUGUCUCGCUUGGACUUCCAGUUCCUCAACCUGAUGUGAUUUUCCAGUUGAAGAGAGAGGAUAAGCCUUGGAUAGUUGAUUUUCAUGGAUCUGAUGAGAGAAGAUGGCCAGGGAACAUUUCUCUAGACCAGGAGGCUAAGCCUGAGAUUCAAGGUGCUUCAGAAGAAGAAAAGUCAGAAGGAAUGUCGAAGGAAAAGCUUGGGGAAAAAGGUCCUCUGUGUCCUAAGUUGGAAGUUCAUGCACUGGAAGGUGCGUUGGAAACAAAGAAGGAAAGCCCUGCGGUGGAGACUUGCAAGAAAUCCCUUCCCCAGGAAGAAAGCUUGCGGCAAAGGUCAUCCCCUCCCAAGAAACUUCUCACUAAAGACAGAGGCCAGGAAUGCAGCGAUUGUGGGAAGACCUUUUUUGACCACUCAUCCCUUAUCCGCCAUCAGAGAACUCACACGGGAGAGAAGCCCUAUGACUGCCAUGAGUGUGGGAAAGCUUUUUUCAACCGUUCAUCUCUAACUGUACAUCAGCAAAUUCACACUGGAGAGAAGCCCUUUAAAUGCCGCGAGUGUGGGAAAGCCUUCAGUCACAGGUGCAGUCUCAGCAGACAUCUGAUGUCUCACACUGGGGAGAGCCCCUACGAAUGCAGCGCAUGUGGGAAAGCCUUUUUUGACCGCUCAUCCCUAACUGUGCAUCAGCGAAUUCACACUGGAGAGAAGCCAUUUAAAUGCAGCGAGUGUGGGAAAGCCUUCUUUGACCGUUCAUCCCUCACUCGACACCAGAGAAUUCAUACUGGAGAAAGUCCUUAUGAAUGCAAUCAGUGUGGGAAAGCCUUUAGCCAGAAAAGCAUUCUUACUCGACACCAGCUCAUCCACACUGGCCGGAAGCCAUACGAGUGUACUGAGUGUGGGAAAGCCUUCUAUGGUGUCUCAUCGCUGAAUAGACAUCAAAAAGCUCAUGCUGGAGAGCCUCGCUACCAGUGCAGCGAGUGUGGGAAAGCGUUCUUUGACCGCUCAUCCCUUACACAGCAUCAGAAGAUUCACACUGGGGACAAGCCCUAUGAAUGCAGCGAAUGUGGGAAAGCCUUUAGCCAGAGAAGCCGGCUUACACGACAUCAGAGGGUUCAUACAGGAGAGAAGCCCUUUGAAUGCAGUGUAUGUGGGAAAGUGUUUAGUUCUAAAUCGUCAGUUAUUCAACAUCAACGGCGCUAUGCCAAACAGGGAAUAGACUGAACUGAGUUAAGCUUUAGUCAAAGGACCUCCAUGAAAACUUAAAAUAGGUCUUCCCCAUUUUAAAUCCAUCAAUUAAUCAUUCUGCCUAUUCUGGCUACUCCUCUCCUUUCCUGCCUCUGCUACCACAGUGUUUGAAUCAAAACUCUGUUUACCGUGUUACAGAAGUGGGAUGCUAGAAAUUAGGGUGCGACUUUUAAGAGUCAAAAUUUUGCAGGAGCUUCUCAGGCAAUAGGAUAAAUGUUAGGAGUUGAUCCUAAGACACACCUCUUAUCUGAGGCCCCUGAUAUCACUGCACUUUAAAUAACUGGAGGCUACAACAGGAGGAGAAAGGAAAAGUUCUAUCAGCAUGGGACUGUUUUUCCUAGAUAGUUCUUUUUAUAGCUAUUAGUCCCUCUCUUGGAGCUUUUUGGGGCAUUGACGUGUUUUGUAUAUCCCAGCUUUUAGAUUUCUUGAAUACUGCUACUAAGUACUAAUAGCUAACACUUAUUGAGCACUUAUUACAGGGUUCAGGGGUGGGGAACAUCUGGCCCGUGGAC